AUGGCUUCCAUGCCUCUCGAGAGUGAGUUGGAAUCAUCCACUGCCCCAGCACCCCGCCUAACUUCCGAGUCACCGCGUUCCGGACUCAUCCUACAACUCUUCGCACCUGAAUUUCUGUUUCUCUAUAUUUAUCUCUUUACUCUGCCGUCUCAAGGUAUUCCUAGUCAAGCCAAAAAUACUAAACAUCAAAUGUCUCGUGCAGAUAUCGCUGAGGUCGUUCUCACCCCAACCGGCGACGUGCCAGACUCGGUUGGAACUCGGACCAUCCCUAUCACUCGAAAGGAACCUCUUGUUAUUGUCGGUCGGUCGAGCAGAAAUAAAACUAAGAACCUCCAACCUGGUCACGAUAAUGCCUAUUUCGAUUCCCCGGUUAUGAGCCGUUUGCAUUCGUGGAUCAAGUGUGAUGAAGGUGGAAAGGUUCUUAUUUCCGAUGCCGGUUCUAUGCACGGCACAUACCUCGACAAUCAACUACUCGAACCGAAGCUAUUUGUCCCUCUAGAAACCGGCUCCCAGGUUAGGUUCGGAAACUCUGUGACUCGGGGUUCUGACGUAUUUCCCCCGAAGGCUUUCGACGUGAAAGUCGUUCAGAAUAGCAGGAUGGCAGAAAUCCAACACGGGUACGGCAUCACUAGCGAUGAACUAAUCCUUCCAGAUAGUCCUUACUACUCAAGCGAGGAAGAAGAAGAGGAAGAAGACGAAGUCAUGAUCACUCGAAUCAACCCAAUUAACACAGUAGACUUAACCUCUGGCUCAGACCACGGUAGUGAUUGGGAAGAAGAUACGGCUCAAAACAGGGUACCUGGUCACUGGGACGAGUCGGAAUGGUCCGAGAAACCCAAAGCCAGAGGCUGCCAGUGGCCCGGUACUAAUUGGGCGGAUGAGCCACCAUUGCAGCCGAUCACUGUAGUUCGAGAAACCCUACGUGAACAUGUUUGCAUUGACUUGGACCCGCCUCCUAUCGUUCGGGAGACACAUGUCGUGGAUUUGACCGCCGAGACACCUAUCCCACAGCAAAGCAAACUUCCAGGAGCCCGGAUCUCUAUCCCUGACCUCCUUGCUCAAGAACGUCAAGAGCAGUCCAGGCGAUCCUCUCAAACCCCUAUCUGCAAUCACUCUUAUUCGAGCGAAGAUGAUGCUAUGAGUUCGGUUGAUGGGGAAUCUGAUACUCAAUCGGUUGAGGACUAUGAAGAUUCCAUGGACGAAGACAGCACUUCAGAUCCAGAAGUUACACCCGAGUCUGCCCCGACGUCUCCAUUCUCACCAGAGUCAAUCAAAACCUCUACAAAUCUUCCUGCGUUGUCGUCUGUUCAAUCACCCAUGCCAACUCUCGUGAACGAAAUUGUUCCGCCUGAAGUUCAAAAGGCAUGGAAUAGUACCUGGACCGCCGCUCCAUACCUCUCGCCUUUUGUCUACGCAGGCGGUACCCCGUCUGCCUCAGACACAAUGGAGCAAGUUCGCAAAGCAGAAGCAAUGAGGGACCGCGCCCAGGAGUUCCUUCGAUCGAGAAUUGAAAUGCAGUCAUCUCAUUCGCUCCAAACGCCGAAGGAACCAGAAACCAAUACCUCCACACAAAAUGUCCCCGCGGACGAAGAGACUGCCAAACCAAAUCCCGCCAUCCCGUUCUGGGUACGAAACUUCGGCCAAGGGGCCAAAGUUGAGAAUUGUGGGGAGCCAGAUGCUGAGAAACGCCUGGCUGAGGAAAAUUUGACAUUUAAGCGUGGAACUGACGUCCCGGAAUGUAUUUCAACUCAUUCCAAGUCUCGUUCACCAUCCCCUGUACUCAAAAUGGCGGGGAACUUCCAAGUAUCUGAUGAUGAGAACGAAGAAGAUGAGGAGGGAGGGAAUGAGCAGCGGCAGCAGCAGGGGAAGCGAUCCUUCUACUCCGACAACGAUAGCAUUUCGUCUGGAGGCGACGAAGAGGGUUACUCGUCACCUAACAAUAGCAUUGGCAAUAGAUACGAAUCAGAGAGUGUUUCGGAUGAUGAUGAGGAGGAGGAGGAGGAGGAUCUACGUAACAUUAUAUCACAUAUAUUAGGCGAUGAAUAUGAGGAGGACGAAGAAGAUGAGGAGGAGGAGGAGGAGGAGGAGGAGGAGGAAGAGGUGGAUUUAGAUGAGAUGAUCAUGGAAUUCUGUGGCGAUGAGGGCCAUGAUACUGAAUCCGACUCGUCAGACGACGAUAUCGCUGAGAACCCUACAAAGGAUAUCGAAAUGACGACAGUCCAAAAUGCUGUCAAGAGCGCUAUGUCAAUGGAGAACUUCUUCUCACCGAAGGAUGAAGAGGAAGUUCGCUCCUCUCAAGAGGACGAAAUUGUUAAGCGUUGGAACGCUGAAGUAGAUGAUCUCCUCAGCACGCAGCCCGACCUCGAAAUUGAAGAACCAAAAGAUGCUGCGGAUACUACCAUGGUGGAUCCAGAUACUGAUAUCCUUCCGGCUAGCAAAAAACGCAAGCGCCUUGAGAGCGAAGAGGACGAGGAGUGCCCGCAUUACACUGUUGCUUCGGAGCUCGAGGCCCUGGAGAUAUCUACACCCCGAAAGAUCGCCCCACUUCCUCAGCGUUUCUUGACCCGUGGUGGUCAGGAUGCUGGUUCUGCUGAAACUCAGAGUCCACGCGAAGAAGCAGAGCGCAAAGAACUUCUUGCGCUUGCUAGCGAGCUAAAGAAUGAGCUCGAGGCGGCAGAACCGGAAGCUAAACGUCCUCGCGUUCAGAAUGCCGGAGCUACUUGGGGAUCUACUAUCGCUACUGCAAUGGCUGGUGCCCUUAUUGGUGGCGUCGGUGUUUUCGCAGCUUUAGUUGCUACUGCUGGUGAUAUCUGA